AUGGACGAAAGCGAUGAUCCUCGUUACAUGGAGCUUGGCUCCCUUGAAGCUAUCUUUCCUGAGAUCCGUCGUCCUGACUCAAAAGACCCUUUCGCAUUUGAGAUAGAUCUCCCUGUUGAGCCUGCUGCUCCGGUGACUGUUACCUUUCCAGCACCAUCUGCACCAGCCCAUCCUGGACUCACGACGCCCAUCCAAGCUGUUGAGAAUGCUCAGCCGGAAGUGGACUCACUCGAAGUCUCAUACCUUCCGUCUCUACGGUUGAAAAUUCGCCUGCCCGAGGGUUACCCUGUAGACGUACCACCAGAGAUCAAGAUAUCGACAACGCCACAGUGGUUAACAGAGGAAACGAUCAAGAGACUUGAGGACGACGGGCCGCGGUUAUGGGAUGAGAUCGGUCGUGAUAUGGUUGCAUUCACAUAUAUCGACCAUAUUCAACACGCCGCUGAGGAUGUCUUUGGAACUAUUAACCCAGAGGGGACCCUUCAGGUCGAUUCUGAACAUAAACUCGCUGUGCUGGAUCACGAUAGCAAAGCCAAAAAGGCAGCCUUUGAAAAAGAGACCUUUGAUUGUGGUGUCUGCCUAGAUCCCAAGAAGGGCACCAAAUGUCAUAAAAUGCUCGACUGUGGUCAUAUAUUCUGCAUUCAGUGCUUACAGGACUUUUACAACGACGCUAUAAACGAGGGCAACUUAUCUACCGUUCGGUGUUUAAGUCCCAACUGCGCCAAGGAACGAGCAACGGCUAGAGAAAUCAAAAGGAGCAAAGUUGCUGUCAGCCCUAGUGAGCUUCUCCAGAUUGGUCUCUCUGAGGACAUGGUUAAACGCUACGUCACUCUCAAGUAUAAGACAGAGUUGGAGUCUGAUAAGAACACAAUAUACUGCCCACGGCAGUGGUGCAACGGUGCAGCCCGGUCUAAACGUCACAAGAAACCAGAAGGUCUGGAUUUUGCUGAGACGUCUGAUGCCGAAUCAGAUAAAGAGGAGCAGGAAAGGGGAAAUGGCGAAGCCGAGACGACGACCAAGAAGAAAAAGAACAACAAGGACAAGUUCAACAAAGCCGACCUCCUGGCCAUCUGUGAGGACUGCGGCUUUGCUUUCUGCGGCCAAUGCUACCAGUCAUGGCACGGAGAGUUUGUUCGCUGCGCACCGCGGCGUGACAAGGGGGAACUCAGUGAGGAAGAAAAGGCCUCGCUUGAGUAUCUCCAGCUUCACACGAGUCCAUGUCCAACAUGCAACGCCCCUGCACAAAAGACACACGGCUGCAACCAUAUGAUUUGCUCACGAUGUGACACGCACUUCUGCUACUUAUGCUCCUCAUGGCUCGACCCAGUAAACCCUUACCAGCACUAUAACCAGCUGGCUGGCGGGAAAGUUACUUCUUGUUAUAUGCGGCUAUGGGAGCUUGAAGGGGGUGAUGGUGACGAUGUCGGCUUGGGGUUCAUUGGCGGUCAUGGCCCGGGAGCGAAUCCUCCCCCGGCACUAAAUGAUAUUGAGCUUCUGCCAGAAGUCAUCGAGUCUGAUAGCGAUGGCGAGGAGGAGAACGGGGAGGUCCUCGGCGCCCGUGAUAACGAUAGACAGCUAGGCGGCCAAGGCCAAGGUCAAGGCCAGGGCAUAGAGAUAGCCCGUGAGGGACCCCUCGUGAUCCGGCUUGUCGACAACCAAGCUCGAGACGGCCGAAGAGCCAUUCCCCCAGCUGCCCCCGAUGCGCCGCAACAGCCAGCGGGUCGCGGGCAUCACGGUCCUCCACGAGGCGCAGCGGCUCGGGGACGCGGCGCAAGAGGGGCUGGGAGAGGAGGAGCGGCAGUCAGAGGCAGAGGAGGAGGGCAGCCUCGUGGUGGAGGAGCUGUUAACCGUCAGCGAGCAAACCAGCGACAACCACAGCGGGCUCAGGGUCAGGGUCAGGGCCAGGAUGAGAAUAACCAAGCUGGUCUUGAUGCGGCACAGGAAGCGUGGGUUCGUCGGUUCGUACAAAUGGCUCUCAACGACGAGGAAGACCUUGUUGAAGGUGACUCAGACGAGGAAGACGGUAAUUGGAUUAUUCGAUGA